UAUUCAAAGAAAUAAAUAUUUAUGUAUCUAUUAGUUUCAUAACAACUUAUUUUGUAAUUAACGAUUAGGACCUUAUGAGUAAUUAUGGCACAAGCUGUAGUUUUUAAUAGGAUACUUCAAUCAAAACAAUGUAGUAUUCUUUUACGUAAUUCCGAAUUUUUAAGUCGAAAUCAUAGUACCAAUGUACCAAAAAAAAAAACUGCUAGUUCAGUGUAUCGUAGCAUGAAUGUAUUUGAUCGGAAAGCGAAGAUUUUGCAAAAGGAAAGAUCAGCACAAAGAGAGGAUUAUCAUUUAUACGAAUAUAUAAAAGAAGAAAUAGGUUGGCGAACAGCUGACCGUGUUUUUGAUGUGAAAAGAGUCUUUAAAAAUGCUGUAGAGCUGGGAGCGUCCAGAGGCUAUGUUUCCCGCCAUUUUCUUCCCGACAGUGUAGAGAAAGUUAUAUUAUGUGAUACAUCACAAACGCACCUUGAUAAAGCGUUGGUAGGUGACGGAGUGAAGUUUGAAAAGAUUGUGAUGGAUGAAGAGAAUAUUGAUUUUCCAGAAAACAGUGUGGACUUAUUUGUAUCAUCGCUAGCUUUACACUGGGUGAACGAUUUACCGGGAUGCUUUGAUAAAAUCAUGAACUGUUUAAAACCAGAUGGGGUAUUCAUAGGCUGCAUGUUCGGCGGCGACACGCUAGUGGAGUUACGUCAAUCGUUACAAUUAGCUGAAUCGGAAAGGCUCGGUGGUGUCAGUGCGCACGUGUCACCGUUCACACGGCCUAGGGAUAUAGGCGGGUUGUUGAAUGCGGCGGGUUUCACACUACAGACGGUGGACGUAGACGCGCUAACCGUGUGGUACCCGUCCGCGUGGCACGUGAUGCAGGACGUGCGCGCGCUGGGCGAAGCGAACGCGGCGUUGAACCGCCCGCUGUGUUUGCAGAGAGAAUGCCAGUUUGCAGCGGCCGCGUUGUACGAUGAGAUGUAUGGGAAGGAAGUACCAGACCAAAACGCACGUGGUGUUCCCGCGACGUUUCAAAUCCUGAACUUCGUGGGUUGGAAACCAGACCCAACACAACCACAGCCGAUGCAAAGAGGUAGCGGGGAAGUGUCGCUGAAGGAUUUACACAAAAUAGACGAAAUAAUAAAACAUAGCGAUAAAAUUGAGUUGCGUGAUGAGGAUAUGAAAUAAAUUAUUAAAUU